AUGGCCACACCUGCCGUUGAAUCUGCGGCUCCAGUGGCAUCCGGCUCUCAUCCAAGUCAGAAAUCUAUGACAAAGGCCGAGCGUAGAGAACUACAGGAGCGCCAACGUGCUGCUAAACUUGCACAAAAGCAACAAACUCAGCCAGCCGACUCCGCUGCUAAAGCAAAGGCGAAACCCAAACCUGCCACGCCCAAGAAAGCUGCGGCAGGGGCAGAAGCAGCACCUACAUCUGGCCCCGAUACUUCAAGAUCGCAUGCCAUAGCCAGCGCCGAUCAUGAAGCAGAUAGCUCGAAGCGGAGUCUACGAAUAUUUUCACAUUUUGGAUUACCCAAGAAUGGACCCGGCGCCAAAGGCGAUAUUCAUCCUUGCAUAAUCAGACUCGCUCUCCAGUUUUCCGAGUUCAAGAUCUGCGGUGCAAACGCGCGAUGCAUCGCUACUUUGACUGCAUUCAAAACAGUGAUCCAAGACUACACAACUCCACCGAACAACACCCUUUCGAGGCAUCUCAUGACACAUCUUUCGCCUCAGAUAACGCAUUUAGUUUCCGCACGACCCAUGUCGGUCACGAUGGGAAAUGCUAUCAGGCAACUCAAACUCGAGAUCAGUGGCUCCGAUAUUGACCUUCCUGAGCAAGAUGCCAAGGACCUUCUCUGUCAACAAAUCGACGACUACAUUCGAGAUCGAAUCAUCGUGGCGGACGAUGUCAUCCAAGACUUUGCUCUGAAGAAAAUCAAAGACGGUGACGUUAUUCUCACCUUUGCAAGGCAUGUCCCAUCAUCGAGCAUCGUCUUGCUGCAUGCACAUUCCCGCGGCAAGCGAUUUUCUGUCAUAAUAGUCGAUUCACGACCAUUACUAGAAGGAAAGGCUCUUCUUCAAGCUCUCACUUCCUCAUCCACGUCAUGGACUCUUUCUGGCGGUGCUCUCCAGCCUCCCUUGCCCCCAAUACCUUGCACAUACGCUCUUCUACCCGCUCUCCCAUCACUCAUCACGGAAGCAACCACCGUUAUCCUUGGCGCCCACUCCCUUCACUCAAACGGGGCUGUAUUUUCCCGUGCUGGGACUGCUUUGGUCGCUAUGAUGGCGAAGCAGCACAGCGUUCCAGUACUCGUCUGUUGCGAGACAUAUAAAUUCAGCGAUGGCGUUAUGCUGGAUGGCUUUGGGAAGAACGAGCUCGCACCCUCUCAUCUCUUCCCGGCUUCUACACCGACUCCAAAUCUUGAGGUGCUCAACCCUCUGUAUGACCUAACUCCUCCCGCGUAUAUCACAGCAGUCGUUACUGAGGCUGGCCUUAUUCCCCCGAGUAGCAUCAGUUCAGUGAACAUGGCCUUGGGUAGAAGCUCAUUACCAGUGUAG